AUGGCGUCGCAAACUGCAGAUCCCGAACUGGCUCUCAAAUUUGCACCAUUUGGAUCAGAGAUAGAACUACCCUUUUAUAGAGCUCUCUCUCAAUUAAAAAUCGAUGUUGACCGUUUGGAUGAUUCUCCUCGCCCAGUGCUGGGACUAUAUCAACAUCGCAUGACUAUUUCCUCCGACGUUAGUUGCCGGAUGCAGAUUCUUGGAGAUGCAUUAACCAGCGAAGUCGUUCCUCCGGGGCAUAUUCGUGCUGAAGGAAAAAUCAAAAAUCUAAAUACUUAUGAAGACUUCAAAAAUGUAGAUAAAGCAUCGAUCAUGAACACAGCGGCCAAGCAGAUAUGGGAUGCAAUAAAUGAUGGCUCUAUCUACACAGUUCCUUCACUUCUUUCAUCGUUCACAAUCAUAUCAUAUGCAGAUCUAAAGAAUUACAAGUUCACCUAUUGGUUUGCAUUUCCAGCUUUACACUCUAGACCAGUCUGGAAUAGAAAUGCUACUGAAAAGCCUGUCCAACUUACCGGAUUGGAAACGUCUGCAUUGCAUGAAAAAUAUAGCUUAUGGAAAAGUUCGACUGACGUACGCGAGCAUGGCUUCUUUUUGGCAAAGAAAGUGAGAGAGAGUAGUCGUGGGUCUGAUAUGCCAAUGAACACAACAGAAACAAUCAGCGAUCAACUCGGUUAUAGAUGGGAAGUUGGUUCAUUACGAAAUUUUGAGAACGGAUUCUUCCAUAAUGUCGAAGAAAAAGAUCAAUAUAUAUCAUUCGUUGAUCCAUCUACUUAUCCGGAUCACCCUGGAUGGAUGCUGCGAAAUUUUUUGGUCUUAGUAAGACGGCGCUUCCGCCUAAACAAGGCCCAGAUCCUAUGUUACAGAGAUACAAAUUCGCGUCGGCGCGAAACGCGUAGCUUGGUGCUAAAUUUAGAAACUGAAUGCUCAUCUUUUGAACCAGAGAAAAUGCCAGUAGCUACAGGAUGGGGGCGGAAUAGCUCCGGGAAGGUGGCACCUAUGGUUGUUAAUCUCUCACAAUAUUUGGAUCCAAAAAUUCUUGCAGACUCGGCUGUUGAGUUGAAUACAAAACUAAUCAAAUGGCGGGCAGCUCCUAGUCUAAAUCUCGACAUAAUGAAGAACAGCAAAUGUUUGCUCUUGGGUGCAGGAACUCUUGGAACUUAUGUUAGCCGCCUGUUAUUGGGAUGGAAUGUAAAUAAAAUUACUUUUAUCGAUAACGCUAAUGUUUCCUUUUCGAACCCAGUUCGACAGCCGCUUUUCAGCUUUGAAGACUGUCUUGAUGGUAAGACGAAAAAAGCUUUAGCUGGUGCUGCCGCUCUUAAAAAGAUUUUUCCCGGUGUGGAGAGCGCUGGUUAUGUUAUAACGGUUCCUAUGCUCGGACACCCUUUUGUUGACGAACUGGAGAGUCGCAGUCAUUUUGAAAUGAUGGAGAAAUUAUUUGAUGAACAUGAUGUAAUUUUCCUUUUGAUGGACACUCGAGAAAGUCGAUGGCUUCCAACAGUAAUGGGAAAGGCUAAAAAUAAACUUGUACUCAACGCGGCUCUAGGAUUUGACACAUGGAUGGUAAUGCGUCACGGAAUGUUGACAAAAGAAGACGGAUCAAAUUCUCUGGGCUGCUAUUUUUGCAAUGAUGUAGUCGUUCCCACUGAUUCUAUCAAAGAUCAGACCCUUGAUCAACAGUGUACAGUUACCCGUCCAGGCAUUGCUCCUAUGGCCGCCGCUCAGAUUGUGGAGCUUCUCGUUUCUAUCCUUCAGCAUCCUCUCGGUCCUUACGCACCUUGUCCUAUUUUGUCGAAUAGCCAAAAUAGCUCAAAUACUAGUUAUGAUCGAGAUCCACCUGAUCAUCCCCUAGGAAUUAUCCCACACCAAAUCCGAGGAUUUUGCGCCACAUUUCAAAACAUGAUUAUCAGUGGAAAGUCAUAUGACUGCUGCUCUGCAUGUUCACCGAAGAUUAUAAAUGAAUAUAAAAAGCAUGGGUGGGAGUUUGUAAAAAGAGCUCUUUCAGAUGAAACUUAUGUUUCACAAAUAAGUGGUCUGGCCGAGGUGCAAAGGUCAGCAGAGCUAGCACUAGAAAACACCGAAUGGAGUGAAACAGAAGAUAUAUAUGAUCCUGGAAACGAAGGCGAACUUUUGUAG